AAUGUUUCAAGUUGCAAAUCAAGUAUUCAAUGGAAGAAUGAGCGAAUGUUCUCAACCGGAAUCGACAAACGAAAGUGCUGAUUUAUCCGGUGACAGUUCAGAAAAUACAGAGAGUGAACAAUGGAGCUAUGAUAAACAAAAAGCACGAGACAAUCAACAAGCUAAAACAAUUUUAAAAACAGAUAGAUCUUCCCUAUUCCAAUGUAGUAGUUGUAAUUAUUCUUCAAAAUAUCAAUCUGUCUUAAAAAAGCACGUUAGAAAGCAUCACUUGAAACAAUUAAGGUCUUCAAUGAGAACUACACGUGGACGUUCAAAUAGUAACAAAUCAAACUCAUCUCUUAAUAACAAUUCUCUUACUAACGGUGUAAAGAAAAUGUUUGUUUGUACGAUCUGUGAAAAGAUUUCAAGCUAUGAUUUAUCAGAAAUAAAGUGUCAUGUGUACAAUGAUCACCUUCAGCCAAAAGAUAAUAAAACAUCUGAAAAAAUAGAAAAUGAAAACAAAGGAGGUGAAUUCAAUGAUGAAAGUGACGGAGAAAUUUUACAUUCCGAAAAAAAUCGGAAAAGGAAACUGUCUGAAAUUAAUUACGCGGAGAAACUUUCAAAUCCUUAUAAAAAAUUUAGAUCAGCAGCAGAGGAGAGUUUCGAUUUCGAAGAUGAACCGGAGAAUGAAAAGAUUGUUAUGAAUUUUUCCCGAAGCAGUACGUUAAACAAAAGCAGGCAAGAUAAGAUGGAAGAAAAGAAUAACGGCUUUCGGCUGAUGAGAACGUCCAAUAAUGAAAGAACUACAGGAGAUAUUUUAAAAUGCACUGAAUGUUCUUUUACCUCUUCAAAUUUUGCAUCCCUUGAUGAACAUAGCAAAUCCGUUCAUAAAAUUGCAAUUCCUGAACUAAAAUCCUUAAAAACUGAACCUAAGUCACACUGUUCUUCAAAUGAGACCUCUAAGAAUGUUUUGAGUGCAAAGCGCUUUUCUGAUGACGAAAAUGGAUCUGAAUAUGAAGAAACUAGUGAAAAUCUCAAUGAAACUGAAGAAGAAUGGACAACAAGUGGUAAAUCUAACAACCGUUGGAGAGCCAAAAAUAGCUUAAAUUUAUAUCGUAAGCGUACCGAAAAUGUUAUAUCUAAAAAGGCCAUUCUGAAAUGCCCUGAUUGCCCCUUUGUCGCGAGAACAGUUCUCCUGCUGAAUAAGCACAAAGAACUUCAUAAGAAAAUUCCUGGUUAUUCAAAGUGUAAAUACUGUUCAUACAAUGUUAAGGUCAAAUACGCAUUGUACGUUCACGAACAAUUACAUGUUGAAAAUCGAACAGGAAGGCGAGAAAUUGCUGAAAAAGAGGAGGACUUUGCAGAAAAAGAAGCUUAUACUAAAGAAUUUGCCAACAGACUAAGAGCUAAGGCUAAAAUUAUUACAAAAAUGCCACAGACAGAAAAGCAGAUUUGUACCGACUGUCUCUUUGAAACGCUUGAUUCUGAUAUAUUUAACGAUCAUAUCAAAAGACACAAUACGACUGGUGUAGACUAUUUGAAAUGUUCUAAUUGCUCUUAUUCGGCAACAACACGCAAUGACUUAGUGAAGCAUAAAAAGUUACACGAUAAUAAUGAAGACUUCAGAAUGUUGCUUAUUUGUGAGAAAUGCCCUUAUGCUACAAAGAAGAAAGAAAAUCUCGAGAAGCACUCAACUUUACAUGGUGCGUCAAAUUUCAAAUUUGGAUGUCAGUAUUGCAGCUAUUUCGCAGUCAAUUUUCGCUUUCUGGUUGAGCAUAUCAAACUUCAUAGUAAGUCAGCAAAACAUCUCGUUUUCACACAUUCUCUUGAGGCCCUAAAAAAUGCAUCCAAACUAUCCAUGAAGCUUCCUACAAACGACGUGGAAAUUUGUGAUGAUAUACCCUUAUAUGAGCAUAGCAUUGUAUAUUGUGCACCUUCCAAUUCCAGUGCGCAAACUUGUACAAAGUGCCCUCAUCUAUCAUCAAGUAAUGAGGAAUAUCUGAAUCAUUUGCAGGGACAUGACUCUUCUAAAUCAUUUAGUUUUAGGUGCUGUGAUUGUGAUUUUGGAACUAAAGAUCGCAAAACAUUUGUUAAACAUGUUCUAUGUCAUUCAAUUUGCGAUACUGAUCUUAUGUAUGAGAAACUUGUACGCCACGAAAAACCAUCUCAACUGUCCAAAGCUUAUUUCAUGGGGAAAGCAGCGAUGACAUUGAGAGAGAAUCAUACGAUGGAUGAUUGGAGAAAAGCACUGAGUAACUGA